AUGCCGGAUGAAAUCGAAAUUCAGAGUUCAGGCACUAACAAUGUUGUCCAAACUGAACCGGUUGCUGUUGUUGUUGUUGUACAAAAACAUCGUUUAUGUUCCAUAAUGCCUAUAAUAGUAUUUUCUUAUAUUGGUGUGCUAAUUCGCAUUGGUCUCAAUUUUCUUGGAAAUAUUCAAGCACCGUUAAGUGCAUCAUUUUGGUCAAAUUUUGUUGGAUGUUUUAUAAUGGGUUUUAUUGUGGAACAAAAAGUGCACAUUCAAAAGCAUUUUCCUCAAUUAUACGUCGGUUUAACCACAGGCUUAUGUGGUUCGAUUACUACAUUUUCCGGUUUAAUGUAUAAUUCAUGUGUAGCAUUAUUCGGUCCGUCAAGUCAUGUAACAUAUCCAAUAUCGAACUAUUUAGCUAUCAUAAUUUCCGUUUUGUCUUCGUCAUUUAUUGGAUUUAUAAUUGGCCGUCACAUAAGUGUAUUUAUUCUAUCGCCAUUGUCAUUAUUAUUAUCAUCAAAUACAAUAAGUAAAGUUCAAUAUUUAAAUGAAACAGUACGCCUUUGGUUUUUUCCGGUCCUAAUUAUUAUUAGUAUUCCCUUGCUGAUUCUUCUAGCGGUUCUAUUACCAAUAGGUCAUUAUACAUAUUUUAUUUAUUCUGUUAUAUUCGCCCCGUUCGGCUCAUUAACUCGAUAUAUAUUAUCGAUUGUUUUCAAUACCAAUGCAAAUUUUCCAUUAGGGACAUUAUUCGCUAAUGUUAUCGGCUCGUAUAUUUAUUUCGGUUUGGUUACAAUACAAGAAUAUGUGUAUAUAUCAUCUUCUCUUGUUACACAAGUAAUUAUUGGUAUUAUUCAAGGUUAUUGUGGAUGUCUAACAACUGUUUCAACAUUUAUAUUAGAGCUAGAUACAAUAAAAAAACGCAGCUAUAUAUAUGCCUAUGUUAUCAUUACUUUAUUACCCAUACAAAUUGUUUAUAUUAUCUUAGGUGAUAUAUUUACAUAUAUAUGUUUACCAAAAUCAUAG